AACAUCAUCACAAAAGAAGCGCAGGCAAAGAUCCGUGCGUACGCCUCCUCUUCUCGGUCUCGCUGUUUUUCACUCUGCUUUUCGGUCGGUUUUACAGCCAGUGGAACGCUUUUCGGUCGGCUAGUGGUCUCAGUUUUUCGCGAAUUUAUGCCCUAAAAUUUGUACUAUUCUUUGCUAAAGUGGUACCAAAACGCGGAUAAUCGUCUGUGAAAUCGGUUUCCAGUGUUGGUUGGCGAAUUCCGAGCGGUUUCAAGUGCUUUUUCGGCGUUUUUCAGUACAUCCUGUCUGGCUGCUGAGUGCUUAUAUUUUUUUUUGUCCUCUGGUGCUUCAUCACUGAUUGGGUGCUGCUUCUGCUUCUGGUGCAUUAGAAGGCGACAGUGAAGUGAGUGCAAUCCCGAAGCUUCAUCCGUGUAAAAUCUUAUUCUUGGUGCGUGUGUUUUGAAUGCAAUCAGUGCAAGUCGGUCAGAAAACAAACGACAAGCAUUUUGCUGCUACCUGUUAGUGCAGCCUUGAGAGGGAUUGAAGAUUGUGAUAGAAAUUUGUUCGGUGUCCAUUCGGAAUUUGUUGGAAUCACGGUCUAUCAAAAGAGUCUACACCGGAUUAACUUCCAGCUCUUUAUCUUGUGAGCAUCGUACUUUCAAUUGACUACUCAAGUUCUGCUCGUUACCGGUGCCAGCCUGCGGCUAGUCUCCCUGAAGCGCCCCUCCCCCCAAGCUAUGGCCAGGCGCUAUGCUUGAGCGUGUUCGCAUCGGUGGUCUCAGUGGAACGUACAAAGUAAGAAGUGCCGAGCUGGCGCGCGACAAGAAAUCCCAAACCAAAGCGGUGACCGUCCUGUUCCUCGAUGAAACCACCCACACCUUCCAGCUAGAGAAGAAGGCCAAAGGAUCGGAUCUGCUCGAGCUGGUCUUUCGACAUCUGGAACUAUCCGAGCGGGACUACUUCGGGCUACAGUUCCAGCCGAAAUGUGCCACCUCCAACAGCAGCAACGGCAAAAGAAGCAAAAAUGGCUCCGGAUGCAACAACGGUAGCACCGGUGGAAGCGAGGGGACUGCAAUUUCGUUUGAGUCCGGGCGAUGGCUUGACCCGAACAAGCCCUUCCGGAAACAGUGGAACGCAGUCCGCCUCUCGGGUGACAUCAGUCCGGUGCUGAUUUUUAGAGUCAAGUUUUACAUCACCGAUCCAAGCCGACUGUGCGAAGAGUAUACGAGAUAUCAGUUUUAUCUGCAGAUAAAGCGGGAUAUAUUCCAAGGGAAGCUACCCGUGGCGUUGAAUACCGCCUGUCUGCUGGCUAGUUAUACAGUUCAGUCUGAACUAGGCGAUUACAAUCCACUGGAACACACACAUGGCUAUCUCAGUGAUUUGCAGCUACUGCCGGAACAAAACGAAGAAGCAGAACAUCGGAUAUCGGAGCUACACAAGCUUCACCGAGGGCAGCUACCGGCGGAUGCCGAGUACAACUAUCUUGAACAUGCCAAACGGUUGGACAUGUACGGGAUAGAUUCUCACAGGGCAACGGACUCGGCCGGAAAAGAACUGAGUCUGGGUGUUUCAUCCAUAGGAUUACUAGUCUAUCAAAACGGUAUUCGUAUUAACACCUUCUCCUGGUCCAAGAUGGUGAAGGUGUCAUUCAAAAGGAAAGAUUUCUUCAUUCAACUUCGGAGGGAACCGUCGGAGAGCUACGAUACACUGCUCGGGUUCAACAUGGGCGCACACCGCAAUGCAAAAUCACUGUGGAAGGCAUGUGUGGAACAUCACUCGUUUUUCCGUCUGCAAAGACCGCACCGAUCACCACGAUUCCUGCCAUUAACCCUAGGUUCUAAGUUCCACUAUUCCGGCCGCACUGAGCUUCAAGCCGUACAGGAGAGUCGACAACGGUGCAAGGUGGCGAAGAUCUUCAUCCGUUCGCCCAGUAAACGUCAACUGGCGGUAUCCCAACCUCAGUCUCCACUGCUGAACGGCUCCGGCAAUGAGAGUUCCAACGGAACCGCCAAUAACAAAAAUCAACUCUCAUUGCUAUCGUUAACCAAGGCCACACGGGCAUACGAUAAGGUCACAUCAAAAACUCCGUCGAUUCCGAGGAAAGCUUGGGAACAACAGAGUGAUGAUCCCACAUUCAUCGAGCACUGUGCCCGAACGUACGAUUCGCAGGUUCCGACCAUGUUCGAUUCGCCUCCCGCCUACAACGGUAUCAACAAUCCGGAAAACAGUGUACCCAAGGAGGAAGGUCUGGUCACGAUACGACUGGUGGCGGACGAUCAAGGUCGGUUCGGAUUCAACGUGAAAGGUGGUGUGGAUCUGAAUCUGCCUGUGCAGGUGUCACGAGUGGCACCUCACACGCCGGCAGACAAAAGCACUCCUCGGAUCUGCGAGGGAGAUCAGCUAGUGAUGAUCAACGGGCGCGACGUUAGUACCAUGAUGCACGAGCAGGUUGUGAAUUUGAUCCGUGCCUCGCGGCAGGGUGGUGAGCUUAUGCUAACAUUGAAACCGAAUGCCUUAGUCGACUAUACGGAAGAGGAACCACUUUAUCAGUACGUUCCGGAGGAGAGCGAUAUCGUUCGUGGCGAAUUGAACGGCGAUCAGCUGUUCACGCAAUCACUGCUGCUGUUGAGCGACGGGUUGGCAUCCGGAUCGCUGCUGGCGCAGUACGAGCAGAUGUACAGGAAAAACGCGGAUCUGGCCAUCACCGAAGCCCGGAAGAACGAGAAUCUGAACAAGAACCGCUACAGGGAUAUUUCGCCUUAUGAUUGUACCCGCGUGGUGCUGCUAAAUGCCGAAAGUGGAGACUAUAUCAACGCAAAUUACGUCAACAUGGAAAUUCCUCCCACGGGGACAAUCAACCGAUACAUCGCCACACAGGGUCCCUUAUCGACCACGGUGAACGAUUUCUGGCGAAUGGUGCAACAGGAGAGCAGUCAUCUGGUGGUUAUGUUGACCACCGUCAUGGAACGAGGCCGACCCAAAUGUCACCAGUAUUGGCCCUCGGCCGAUGAGGACCCAUUGGCCCUAUCUGAAGGAUUUUCUAUCAGGUGUUUGAAUGAGAAACCGGACGAAACUGGAAGCUUCGUCUUCCGGGAUCUGGUACUGACUGAUGAGAAAACUAAUGAGACCAGAACUAUCCAACACAUGCAGUACCUUGCUUGGCCGGACCACGGAGUACCGGCUGAUCCAGAGCUGUUUUUACAAUUCACGGAGAAGGUUCGUUCCGCUAGGAACACCACUCUCUUGCAGGAAAUUGAAGCCAGCUUGAAGAACGUCAAAUUGCGAACGAUGGACGAAAACGGUGGAUUGGAUUCUUCGGAGCGACGGAUUGUACACACGGAUAGCGACGAAAGUCCAAACGAUAUGCCAUCUUCUACGUCAGUUCACCAAUACAUCAGCGCAGCUAAUCCUCCCAUCAUUGUUCAUUGUUCCGCUGGAAUCGGGCGUACGGGGGUUCUUAUUCUGAUGGAUACGGCACUCGCAUUGAUGGAAGCGAAAGAACCCGUGUACCCGCUAGACAUUGUGCAGGCCAUGCGCGAUCAACGGGCAUGUAUGGUUCAAAACGUGAGUCAGUAUCGCUUCGUGUGCGAAUGCAUCUGCGCAGCGUACCGAAACAUGGUAACAAAAGAAGUGAUGGAGGCCACAGCAGUUCCACUGAAAUCAAUUGCUGUCACGAAUGGUGCCAGCGCUCCCUUGGUAUCCUCCAGUGACGAGGAUUCGAGUUCCCCCCUUGAGGAAGCCCCCCAGGGUUCACCGCCGGUGCGAAAAGCCCCGUUAGCCGUGGAGACGACGAGCCUCACUACCACCCCCACCACCAACAAUGUUACGCCCACUAAUGGAAACGAGCCCGCUACCGUUACGACUGCCAUCAACGGGAAUGCCCCGGCGGAUUCCUGACGAGAAACCAUUGUUUAGGUUCCUUGCUUAUUGUCAUUGUCCUUUGUUGGGAUACUUUUAUUCUCCUCCUAUGUUAAGUUAUCAGUCCAGUCCCGAGAUACGAACAAAACGUAAGCAGCUUACAAACUAAACAUAUUCAUCUACGUAUAUUACGCAUAUAGUUUCCCAGAGAUUGAGGGCGAUGACGACGACGACUGGAGUCGCCCAUUCGCAAUCGUAUCUUCGUAUAUAUUAUUAGUCGUUUAUAUUGAAUAGGCAUCAACGUACAUUUUACACAACAAAUAUCAUUUACUCUGUGCUAUUUAAUCAGUCAAUAACGUAUAUAUCUUUCCCUAUCUCUCUUGUAGACUAGUAGACAACAGUGAAAAUUUAUUAUAGUCGUAAACGAGAUUUAAAACUACUGUUCAUUAUUGGCUCCGUGUAGAAGAUUCCCCUCGUUCCCUUAUUCCCCAAUUGCAACACCCUGAAUCCCGUGAUCCGUGUGUGGUGUCGUCAAUUCUCGCAAGAGAGAGGAAAAACUGUCCAUAUUUUUCACCAACGAUUUCUCUAUUGAUAGAUUUGAAUACGAAAUAAAACAGAAAAUUGUUUGAAUAAUCA